AAACAGGCCGACAGUUUAUUUGUCACGCAUUGUGUGGCAUUUACGUUUUAUAUUGGUCAAGGACGAGCAUUGAGCUCGAGCGCUUUUCUUGUCAGUUUAUAGGACUUUUGCAGACAUGUCGUCUGUUUUUCGAGUCGCAGUACUGAGACAGCAUUUAACAGGAUGUAUGUUAACAAGAUGCUAUGCAUCCGGGUCUGUUCCAACAACUAAGAAUUUUAUUAAUGGAGAAUUUGUGGAAUCAAAGACCGAUAAAUGGAUUGAUCUUCAUAAUCCAGCUACCAAUGAGGUAAUAACUCGUGUGCCCGAGAGUACAAGAGAUGAGAUGGAGGCUGCGGUAGCUGCUGCUAAGGAGGCGUUCAAGAGCUGGUCUCGGACAACCGUCCUCACGCGCCAGCAGAUCAUGUUCAAAUACCAGCAGCUCGUCAAGGAUAAUUUGAAAGAGAUUGCCAAGAACAUCACAAAAGAACAGGGUAAAACUCUGGUGGAUGCCGAAGGUGACGUGAUGAGAGGAUUGCAGGUUGUGGAGCACUGCUGCAGUAUCACUAACCUGCAGCUGGGGGAGUCGUUAUCUGGUAUUGCCAAAGACAUGGACACCGUAACAUUCCGCCUGCCAUUAGGAGUUACGGCUGGAGUCACACCGUUCAACUUUCCAGCCAUGAUUCCACUGUGGAUGUUUCCGAUGGCCACAGUUGUUGGUAACACGUCUGUGAUAAAACCAUCGGAGCGCGACCCAGGAGCAUUGAUGAUGUUGAUGCAACUUGCCAAGGAGGCCGGCUUCCCAAAUGGAGUCAUUAACGUUAUUCAUGGAAAACAUGAUGCUGUGAACUUCAUUUGUGAUCAUCCUGAUAUCAAGGCCAUAUCAUUUGUUGGAUCAGAUCAAGCUGGCCAGUAUAUCUAUGAAAGAGGUUCCAAGUCUGGGAAGAGGGUUCAGUCAAAUAUGGGUGCUAAGAACCACGGUGUAAUAAUGCCUGAUGCCAACAAGGAGAGUACUUUAACACAGCUCGUUGGUGCAGCGUUCGGAGCAGCAGGUCAGAGAUGUAUGGCCUUGUCCACAGCCGUCUUUGUUGGCGACUCCAAGAAAUGGAUUCCCGAGUUCAUUGAGAGGUCAAAGAAACUUAAAGUCAAUGCAGGUCAUGAACCUGAUGCUGACCUUGGCCCACUGAUCUCGCCCCAGGCUAAAGAGCGAGUCUGUGACCUCAUCCAGUCUGGGGUCAACGAGGGAGCAGAUCUUCUCUUGGAUGGCAGAGGCAUUACAGUGAAGGGAUACGAAAACGGAAAUUUUGUUGGCCCAACUAUUCUGCACAAUGUCAAGCCUCAUAUGAAAUGUUACACGGAAGAAAUUUUUGGGCCUGUUCUGAUCAGUAUGGAGGUGGACACCCUAGAUGAAGCCAUCGCAUUGGUUAAUGCCAACCCGUACGGGAACGGAACUGCUAUCUUCACAACGAACGGAGCAACUGCAAGGAAAUAUGCAAUGGAGAGUGACGUUGGACAGGUGGGCGUCAAUGUUCCGAUUCCAGUGCCUCUUCCCAUGUUUUCCUUCACGGGGUCUCGAGCUUCAUUCAGAGGAGACACAAACUUUUAUGGCAAACAGGGCAUCAACUUCUACACUCAGGUGAAGACGAUCACUCAGAUGUGGAAGAGUGAGGACAGUUCGCUCAGUAACCGCUCCGUGACCGCGAUGCCCAUCAUGAAGUAAUCAGCCACAGGCAAUCAGCUAGACUGGUGCCUGGCUGGUAACCAGGGUAGACAAAUGGUGCAUUGGGACUGUCAUACUCUGCAUGACAGUUUUUUCUUUUUUCUUUUUGAUAUUUGGUACUCUUAGCAGUGAACAAAUCAUGGUUGUAACUUAAUGUGUGGCACUAUGAAGGGAUCUGUUGAUUUGAAGGCAGCUUUCAAUUUGAAAUGAAAACAAGUUUAUAAAUUAGGUUUGUUGUGUAAUUAGUAUCCAUUUGUUACGUAAUAAAUGUAAAUGUAAUAUGCGUGGUCAGAGUUAAUGAUGGGGAAACUAACCUUGGUUUCAUUGGGUGUUUAAACAAGAAGAAAAACACCUACGUGAUACAUUUAAGAUUAUAUAAAGUGAAUACCUGGCCACAUGCUUAUAAACCUUAAAGUCCAGACUUUAACGUCAUGGCAAUGCCAUUCAAAUAGCAUUAAAGUUUGAACUUUAAUUAUUAAAGUCUAGACUAAGUUUUAUAAGCACGGGCCCAGAACUAUGUUACUAAGAAGAGUAUGACAGCAACAGAUAUCUUCAUUCAUUCUCUUGACAGAUUCAUUUUCAUUGUUUAAGUGUGAAUAGGUGGCAUUGUUAGCAGCAUAUAAUUAACUAGUAACAUGACCACUUACAGCCACAUGACAUAAAACACCAAUUAUAGUGCUAGCAGAUUUACAUUAAAAAAGAUUUUUAAAUGUAUAUAAAGUGGAUAUUUUUUUAAUUCAAUACCCCCCUUUUUUUCUCAGAAUUAACUACAUUAAUUAAAACUGCCACAAUGAAAAUAAAACUCAUGAUUACUUGCAAAUGUAGAGAACAUUCCAUUUGUUCCUGUUCUGUUAUGGAAUGGUGAACUCCUAUAUACAUCAUGUGAUGGUAGUUAUACUUUUGUUCCUGUUCUGUUAUGGAAUGGUGAACUCCUAUAUACAUCAUGUGACGGUAGUUAUGCUUUUGUUCCUGUUCUGUUAUGGAAUGGUGAACUCCUAUAUACAUCAUGUGACGGUAGUUAUACUUUUGUUCCUGUUCUGUUAUGGAAUGGUGAACUCCUAUAUACAUCAUGUGACGGUAGUUAUACUUUUGUUCCUGUUCUGUUAUGGAAUGGUGAACUCCUAUAUACAUCAUGUGACGGUAGUUAUGCUUUUGUUCCUGUUCUGUUGUUCCUGUUCUGUUAUGGGAUGGUGAACUCCUAUAUACAUCAUGUGACGGUAGUUAUACUUUUGUUCCUGUUCUGUUAUGGAAUGGUGAACUCCUAUAUACAUCAUGUGACGGUAGUUAUACUUUUGUUCCUGUUCUGUUGUGGAAUGGUGAACUCCUAUAUACAUCAUGUGACGGUAGUUAUACUUUUUUUUUAUAAGGGUUUUUCUACCCAUUUUUCCUGUGUUUAUUGAAGCAACUUUUUAAUACCCAAUUCCUCAUCCUAAUUUGUGCUAUUUCUGGUUAUUUGUUUCAGAUCGAUUAACUUAUGAAAUACUCUGUAUAAUGCUUAAAAAUUAAUUUUGAGAAUAUAUAUAUUUUUUUGACAACUACACUGCUUGAAAAUAUUUUGUUUUCUUCCUAAAGAAAAAUGGCUUUUUUGGACGGAGAUGUUUAAGAUGUAUUACAAACUUCUUUUCAGCAUUAUUUAACUGGCUUAGUUUUUCCUCAUUUGUCUUGUAACCUUUUUGGAUUUCUGAUGCUUGUAUUGACUACUAAUCAGAAUAUUUACAUUGAGUGUGACUUGUUAGAACUAUAUAUGAAUCUCAGAGUUCACAAUAAAACUAUUGUACAUAACAUGUAAUUCAGUAAAUUAUUUAUCUGCA